AUGCGCCAAGCAGCGUUGCUAGUUCUCCUCUCAGCUGGUGCUACAGCUAUCCUAUUUGGAGGUGGUGGCGGAGGUGGCGGUUGCUGCGGAGGCGGUGGUGGCGGCGGCGGAGGCUGCUGCUGUCCCUGUGGAGGAGGUGGCGGUUACGGAGGUGGUGGUGGUUUCCCCGGAGGAGGCGGCGGUGGUUUCCCCGGAGGAGGUUUCGGCGGCGGCGGAUGCGGUGGCCGUAGGAAGAGGGAAGCAAACAACGUCGUCUCUUCUGAAGACAUCAACAAGUGCAACAGUGAAGAGCUCCGUGCUAUGCUGCGCGAUAACAUGAAAACUGAUGUGAAGAGCAGUCUGACGGCCAUAAGCGAGAAGCUGACAAAUAGCCAUGAUUUUACCGUACUCUGUGGAGAUAGGAAGCUGCAAUUCGUGGCCGAUGUUGACGACUAUUGCCAAGUCCAGGUUGAAGAAAUCCACUGCGCUAUAUUCCGCAUCAAAUCAAAAGAAGUGACUGCUCCCCUAGCUGCAGCUCCCAUAGUCAGCCCCGUCUCAACGCCAUCUCACGAAGCAAAUGUGCUCCCCAACCCCGUCUUAAAAGCUGAAACUCAAGCAGUGACCGCAGCCAACGAAGAGAAGAAAGACCAGCCAAAGCCUGAAGUCCAGAAGAACUAA